AUGAAAUCCCCGCCAAAGUCCGGACACGAGAAUCCCUGCCGCUCGAAAGACUUGAAAAUCGCCCUCGAAGGACUUUUGGGAAAGCUUGAUUCUGAGUUGGCGCAAGGACGAGAGCCAAAUUGGGCGAGUCUGUUAGAUAGCUACGCGCUUAUUACAGGCCAAAUUGAAACACUAACGCGAUAUCUUAGAAGUGAAAGUGCUCCGCGACUUGUUAAUACGAGCUGCUUCCCCGUAAUCCUCAACCCGCACCGAGACGAAGUGGUCGCUAGAUUGACCGAAGAACGCGUUCCAUCUGUAAACCACGAAGUAGUCCCUGAUUACCUUCGAACCAAGCCUGAUCCCGCGGUAGAUGCGCUUCAAAAGGAACUGAACAAAGACAACUCAACGAUCGAUGCCGACAAAAUUAAGCAAGUAAACGAUUUGGUCAACAAACUAGUCGACAAGAUAGAAGCAUCUCUCGAUAACAAACGCCACAACCUUGAAAACCGACGAUACAACGAUGAUGACGACACAAAUAGCCUCAUCGGCACAUAUUACUACGGAAUUGGGCUCACAAAUGUCACAUCGGGCGCUCGAAAUCAACCUCCAGUGAACCAGCAACGACCAGGAGGAGUGAACAUUCGCCCCCAACAACCGACAAAACAGUGGUGA